AUGCGGGGACAUUAUGGUACGUUGUUCUUAGGGGAAGGCGAAUACCAACAAGCCGAAAGAAACACUUACUCUGAACGUGCCGGAAAAGAUGUGAGUUCGACCAGAAGUAACCGGUUUUCGUUGCGCGUUAUUGCUGAGGCGGCGGAAGCUCAUUUGGCCAGCGGCCGAAAGGCGACCGCUCAUCGCGCCGCCGACGUUGUUGACCUUGCGACUCCAGCCGAACGUCGACCGCUGGGAUUGACUGUGCGUGAGAGCGGUCGGGGUGUUUUCACAGUUUGCUGUAAUAUCAUUGGAAUGAGAGCGAAUCGCUGUAGAAGGCAUGGCAAAUUCGUGAGGAUGGAGGGACUCAGUCAACCAUUUCUCGUCUGA